ACACAUUGUUUAAAACAAGCAGCAGAGCACAACUAUCAACUAACAUUCAAGAGGAUCUGCCUGAGAAUAAAAAUCUGUAAUCCAAAUGGAUACAACCGGGAAAGUAAUUAAAUGCAGAGCAGCUGUAGCCUGGGAACCCCAUAAGCCGUUCAGCAUUGAAGAAAUUGAAGUUGCCCCUCCAAAAGCUCAUGAAAUUCGUAUAAAGAUUUUAGCCAGUGGGAUUUGCCGCUCAGAUGAUCAUAUUGUGAAAGGAAAAGUGCCACAAAUGAAUUUUCCACUGAUUUUAGGCCAUGAAGCUGCUGGUAUUGUUGAAAGUGUAGGAGAAGGUGUGACAAAAAUUAAACCAGGUGACAAAGUAAUCCCACUGUUUGUCCCUCAGUGUGGAGAAUGCCGGUGCUGUCUUGAUCCGAAGGGCAACCUGUGCUAUAAAACUGAUAUUGGCAGAUAUUCUGGGCUGAUGUUGGAUGGUACCAGCAGAUUUACCUGUAAGGGGAAGCUGAUCCACCACUAUAUAACGACCAGCACCUUCACUGAAUACACUGUUGUUGAUGAAGUAGCAGUUGCAAAGAUAGAUGACAAUGCACCUUUGGAUAAAGUCUGUUUAAUCGGCUGUGGGUUUUCGACAGGCUAUGGCUCUGCUGUGAAUGUUGCAAAGGUUCAUCGUGGGUCUACAUGUGCUGUGUUUGGCUUAGGAGGUGUUGGUCUCUCUGUAAUAAUUGGAUGCAAAGUUGCUGGAGCUUCAAAGAUUAUAGGAGUAGACAUAAACAGUGAUAAGUUUGCAAAAGCUAAAGAAGUGGGAGCCACUGACUGCAUCAAUCCAAAGGACCACAAAAAUCCUAUACAUGAGGUGCUGGCAGCCAUGACUAACGGUGGAGUCGACUAUUCUUUUGAGUGCAUUGGAAGUACAGACAUUAUGGUCUCUGCUCUGAAGUCGUGUUAUCUUGGUUCCGGAACCUCUGUUAUAGUUGGUGUGGCACCUUCAUUAUCACAGGUCUCAUUUGAACCCAUGCUGUUGCUCACUGGACGUACUUUGAAAGGGGCUGUGUUUGGCGGCUGGAAGAGCAGAGACUAUGUUCCUAAACUAGUCUCCGACAUGUUAGCAAAUAAGUUUAACUUGGAUGGACUGAUAUCCCAUAAGUUGCCUCUUGAAAAAAUCAACAAGGGUUUUGAAAUGCUGGAUAAAGGAGAAAGCAUUCGUACUGUUCUGGAAUUCUAAGUCCUACAUGAGGUUCACUUCACAACCAUAACAUCCUAUAGAAAUUUCUACUUCAAUUAAAGUGCUGUGAUUAGCAGAAGAAUUGUUCAGGCAACAAUCACAUAACAAUGUGAGGCUGUAUUUUAAUGAAAUAAUAGUAAAAAAAUGUAGAUUGCCAGUAAACUGCAGCAAACUCACUCUGAUGCACAGCUAAGGAAUUGUUUAUGAUAAUGAUUGACGUGAUAAGAUACAAUAAAGUAAUGUCUGAAGAAAGCAUGAAUGUUGGUUUUUAAACUGCAGCUAUUUAAUUCAAUAACUCAUAUCACAACUUUUAUCCUCUUAAUGCCGAAAAUCCAAGCAUUUGGAUGACUAAAUCAAGCAGCCAAGGACUGGUAGCAGAGAGAACCUGUCCCCCGAAUUAAAAUGAUGUGUAUUAUACUGUGACAAUAUUACACCGUAAUGUGUAUUGAGAGCCUAUUUUUAACACUGUCAUUUAGUUUUGUCAAUUCUGUAUUAACAUUGUGAAUUAAUUUUAUUAUUUUUGCAUACAAACUGAUUGCCAUGCUCACUAUAUGGUUGCUGCUAUAUAUGUUUAGAAAUAGAACAUAUAAUUAAAAUAUUUUAAGUUUUAAUGCA